CAACCUUCUCUUCAAUACUCUCCGUAUCGAAUUCGCAUCACUGUUUGUCACACACCACUGCUUGCUCCAACGUCUCUCCCCAACCAGAACCUCUCAUUCUUCUCCUCCUUUCACCUACUUCCAUGAAUACGAUGGCUUCGGCAGCAGCAGUAGCAGCAACAACAACCGGAGCCCCAGACAAAAUGGUUAUCGGCUACCCGGCUCUGUCCAACCACGUCGCAGCCGGUUACCCAGCCCCCGGGACAGCCUACCCUUAUGCGGUCCCACCUCCUUCCUCCUACCCUCAAGCCUACCGUACUGUGGGCCCUCGCCAUAGCCGCAGUCAGCCCUCCUUCCUCUGCCGUCUCAUCGCCGCCGCGACCGUCCUGUUCGCCAUCCUCGGCCUGCUCUUCUUGAUCACCUGGCUCGUCCUCAAGCCCCGCCUACCGGUGUUCCGGGUCGACUCGGUGUCUGCCUCCCCUCUCAAUACGACUCGCUCCCAGUUAACCGCCGCGUGGAACAUAACCCUCGUAGUCCGUAAUCCCAACACCAAGCUUAGCAUCUACUACGACCGUGUGCAGGCCUCUGUCUUCUACAAGGACGGGUCCCUAAUCAGUACGAUGCCGUUACCGCCCUUCUUCCAACCGAAGAGGAACGAGACCCGGGUCAGGUUCCAACUCGGUGUGGUAGGUCAGUACGUGGGUGAAUACGUGGCGACAGAGAUUUCGGACGAGAGGGCUGGUGGGUCGGUGGGAUUCGGGGUCAGAGUGCUUGCUUGGAUGAGGUUUAGGACUAGAUCUUGGUGGAGAACGAGUCAAUGUCUGCUUCGGGUUUACUGCGAUCGGAUUCAAAUCGGGGUUGACCCGAGUAAAGCUUCCAGAUCUUUGACGAGUCAACCCGGGUCUUGCGAGGUUGAACUUGAGUAGCAGACUAGUAGUUACUACAUAAAGUACGUAGAUCGUCGAAUCUGAAUUCAGGCGCUUUAGGUCUCCCUUCUCAAUGACUCUUCAAUUAUCAACUAUGACUACAAUGCAUGUGUGUGAGCUAGCUCAAAUUACAAUCGAAAUGAUCUGUUUCUCUCCUUGCUGCACUGCCGCCUUCCUGGUGGAUGGAACAUUAAAUAAUAAUCCAGGCUGUUUUGAUUGGAAUUUCAGCUCUCCAAAUGCAGAGAAGCUAGCAGCAGAUCAUGUGCUUCAACCAUUUUUGACGCCUUACUGUUAGUGGCUAUGGUCUCUUGCAUGUCUAAUGAAUGAAUAGAAGCAAGCUAGGCUAUUGGGUGGCCUAGCUUUUCAAAGGGAGGUCAUUUAUUUGAGGUGGUCGUGCAAUUCUUAAGUUUUCACAUACCCGGUUUGUAACUUUCGCUUGGAUCCAUCUGUGGAAGGAAGGUAAGGUUUCUGAUGUUUUGGUGAGAUUGAGGUUGUGGGAGUCGUAUCCUGGUCAUGUUACUGAGCUGCGGAGGUUUGUAAGUAAGUGUUAUCAGAGACACAAAGCAGCUCCAGUGCUGAAUGCAACUAGAGCGUGUUUUUCAUAUAGCCGUUAGCCAUAUAGGUCAAUAGAUUGGUUGGAGCUUGGAUCCAUCUGUGGAAGGAAGGUAAGGUUUCUGAUAUUUUGGUGAGAUUGAGGUGGUGGGAGUCGUUUCCUGGUCAUGUUACUUAGCUGCGGAGGUUUGUAAGGUAAGUGUUAUCAGAGACACGAAGCAGCUCCAGUGCUGAAUGUGUUUUUCAUAUAGCCAUUAGCCAUAUAGGUCAAUAGAUUGGUUGGAUCCGCAUUGAAUGACUCUCUAUUUCCAUGAAAAUACCUUUAGGUUUUGUAGAUUUCAUACUCGUUUAUCCUUGAAGUUCAAGCUGAUCCCAUUCUGAAGUUCCUCUAUUAUGCAUUUUCUUUUAGGGACCGGACCGCCAAUUGGGAUGUCAAUCCUCCUGUUGGCACCCUGCAAUAAGUGGGGCAUAAACUAUGAUUAUUAUCUUCAGUCAUUUGUUUCUGGUGUCGAGAACGUAUUGUACAAAUGGAAUUCUUUGGUUAAGUACAUCAUCCAGUUCUGCAUAAUGUAAGAAAAAUUAGAUUA